CCGCUCUGUCAAAAUUCUUGACAAAAGUUGACGUUUACGUGGCUCCGUGUUAAAAUUUCGAACAAUUUGACUUGAAAUUCAAAAAAAUGUCUGACGAAUCCAAGAAAAAUCUCUCAGAAGAGGAAACAACGAAACAAAAACCCGAACCAGAACCCCUAAAACCAUUUACGUUGGAAAUAUUAAAACUUAUUAAGGACGCCCAGCAACAGCACGGUUUAAGACACGGUGACUAUCAGAGAUACCGUAGUUAUUGUUCCAGGAGAAUUAGACGUUUAAGGAAAGUUUUAAAGAUUCCACAAGGAGAUCGCAGGCAUUUCAAGAAACGGGAUGUCACUGAACAGCAUAUUGCCAAUUCCAAAGCUGACGAAAGGUACUUGCAAAUACCUUUAAUGCUUUCAGAGAGAUGCUGGGCAUAUGCUAUGCAGUUGAGACAAGAAGCAAACAGCGAGCCCCGUAAAAAGUUCCAUUUGGUGCAAAAAUUACGAAAAGCAUGUACAUAUGCUAUGCAGUUGGAUGAAUUGUGCAAGCAAGAAAGAUGUGAUGCUAGGACACAACUAGAAUCACAAGCUUACAUUGCAUGGAUUAAAGGUAGCCUACAAUUUGAACUUAAAAUGUGGCUUAAAGCUACUGAGAAUCUGAAAAAAGCUCAGGUCAUAUAUGAAAAAUUGAUCUCAGCCUUACCUGAGGAAGAUCAAAUUUUCUAUAAACAAAGAUGUGAGGAAAUAACACCAAGUCUAAGAUACUGUGCUUAUAAUAUUGGGGAUGAUAAAGCUGUUGAUUUAUUGGAGUUACGUAGCCAAGGUGUACUGGAGAACUUUGAAGCUCUAGUUUCGCAGACUAAAGAGAAAACGGCUGCUAUUUUGCAUGAGAUAACAUGGUUUGGGGUUAAAAUUCCUGUUAGGCUUGAACGAGUUAGAUUGUUUUUAAUUAGUAUUGAAAAGUUGGAUGAGUCUUUAAAACAUGCUGAAGAUAACCAAGCAAAAAUCAAGAUAUUGGAGAAUUUGUUUAUUGAUUUAAGGGAUGUUAUAUCUCUUACUAGGGAUAGUGCAAGAACUGAAAAGCAAGAUCAAAUGUUGCUAUCCUAUUUGAUAUCCAUAAGAGUUGAGAGAACUUCACAACGUAAUUUAUUGUUGAUUAAACAAACAAGGAAACCUCAGGAUUGCGUGAGAUUAUUGGACAUAAACAUACAACAAACGAACGAGUUAUCGCAGAAUGAGAAUAUAAAGGGCAUUAGUAAAGUUUUGGAGAACCAUGAGGGUCAUUUGAAGGCUUACAAAGCAUUGAGGAGUUACUAUUUGGGGCGUACUACGGUGUCGCAAAAACGCUGGAAAGAAGCUGCGCUGUUAUUCGACACAUCCCUCAAAGCAGUGCAAGCCUUACCCAAAGGCAAUUUCUUGGAGGAAUUAACGGAAUUAUUGAACAACGUGAAAGAAAACGCGCAGAUGGAGACUGUCAACGCGCAGGCAAACUUCGUUCUGGACCAAUCCGAGGAGACCACAACUGUUCAAGUACCUCAAAAACAGUACAAGAGCAAGAAACCGAUCAUCGAGCGUUUGGAUGAGUUCAGGGAGGAGCCUCAGUUGCUGUCAAAGAACCCCAACUUGGUGCCCAUUCCGCCGCAGAUGGAGCCCGUACCCGCAAAACCUUUGUUCUACGAUUUGGCCCUCAAUUUUGUCGAGUAUCCCGAUUUGUCGGAGAAAUUGGAGGGGGGACAGAAAAAACAACAGAACCAAGGGGCUGGCAUCUCCGGGUUCGUCAAAGGUUUAUGGGGGUGGGGGAAGAAUUCGCAGACUAAAGAGAAAACGGCUGCUAUUUUGCAUGAGAUAACAUGGUUUGGGGUUAAAAUUCCUGUCAGGCUUGAACGAGUUAGAUUGUUUUUAAUUAGUAUUGAAAAGUUGGAUGAGUCUUUAAAACAUGCUGAAGAUAACCAAGCGAAAAUCAAGAUAUUGGAGAAUUUGUUUAUUGAUUUAAGGGAUGUAAUAUCUCUUACUAGGGAUAGUGCAAGAACUGAAAAGCAAGAUCAAAUGUUGCUAUCCUAUUUGAUAUCCAUAAGAGUUGAGAGAACUUCACAACGUAAUUUAUUGUUGAUUAAACAAACAAGGAAACCUCAGGAUUGCGUGAGACUAUUGGACAUAAACAUACAACAAACGAACGAGUUAUCACAGAAUGAGAAUAUAAAGGGCAUUAGUAAAGUUCUCGAGAACCAUGAGGGUCAUUUGAAAGCAUUGAGGAGUUACUAUUUGGGGCGUACUACGGUGUCGCAAAAACGCUGGAAAGAAGCUGCGCUGUUAUUCGACGCAUCCCUCAAAGCAGUGCAAGCGUUACCCAAAGGCAAUUUCUUGAAGGAAUUAUUGAACAACGUGAAAGAAAACGCGCAGAUGGAGACUGUCAACGCGCAGGCAAACUUCGUUCUGGACCAAUCCGAGGAGACCACAACUGUUCAAGUACCUCAAAAACAGUACAAGAGCAAGAAACCGAUCAUCGAGCGUUUGGAUGAGUUCAGGGAGGAGCCUCAGUUGCUGUCAAAGAACCCCAACUUGGUGCCCAUUCCGCCGCAGAUGGAGCCCGUACCCGCAAAACCUUUGUUCUACGAUUUGGCCCUCAAUUUUGUCGAGUAUCCCGAUUUGUCGGAGAAAUUGGAGGGGGGGCAGAAAAAGCAACAGAACCAAGGGGCUGGCAUCUCCGGGUUCGUCAAAGGUUUAUGGGGGUGGGGGAAGAAUUCGCAGACUAAAGAGAAAACGGCUGCUAUUUUGCAUGAGAUAACAUGGUUUGGGGUUAAAAUUCCUGUUAGGCUUGAACGAGUUAGAUUGUUUUUAAUUAGUAUUGAAAAGUUGGAUGAGUCUUUAAAACAUGCUGAGGAUAACCAACCUAAAAUCAAGAUAUUGGAGAAUUUGUUUAUUGAUUUAAGGGAUGUAAUAUCUCUUACUAGGGAUAGUGCAAGAACUGAGAAGCAAGAUCAAAUGUUGCUAUCCUAUUUGAUAUCCAUAAGAGUUGAGAGAACUUCACAACGUAAUUUAUUGUUGAUUAAACAAACAAGAAAACCUCAGGAUUGCGUGAGAUUAUUGGACAUAAACAUACAACAAACGAACGAGUUAUCACAUAAUGAGAAUAUAAAGGGCAUUAGUAAAGUUCUGGAUAACCAUGAGGGUCAUUUGAAGGCUUACAAAGCAUUGAGGAGUUACUAUUUGGGGCGUACUACGGUGUCGCAAAAACGCUGGAAAGAAGCUGCGCUGUUAUUCGACGCAUCCCUCAAAGCAGUGCAAGCGUUACCCAAAGGCAAUUUAUUGGAGGAAUUAACGGAAUUAUUGAACAACGUGAAAGAAAACGCGCAGAUGGAGACCGUCAACGCGCAGGCAAACUUCGUUCUGGACCAAUCCGAGGAGACCACCACUGUUCAACUACCUCAAAAACAGUACAAGAGCAAGAAACCGAUCAUCGAGCGUUUGGAUGAGUUCAGGGAGGAGCCUCAGUUGCUGUCGAAGAAUCCCAACUUGGUGCCCAUUCCGCCGCAGAUGGAGCCCGUACCCGCAAAACCUUUGUUCUACGAUUUGGCCCUCAAUUUUGUCGAGUAUCCCGAUUUGUCGGAGAAAUUGGAGGGGGGACAGAAAAAGCAACAGAACCAAGGGGCUGGCAUCUCCGGGUUCGUCAAAGGUUUAUGGGGGUGGGGGAAGAAGUAA